GUAGACUUUAUAGCCACCUCUGUAUAUGUGAAUUGUGUCUCAAGGCAAAAAUGGAAUUUUUUGUUCUCAGUUCCUCUUUUGCCACUCUUUUUUAGCUAGGUUAAAGGGAAGGCCAGUAAAACAUCUACACUGCUGACAUGUUCUUAACAGUUGAGAUAAUUGUUUUGGCAAUCAGCAAGGUUGGCUUUUUCCUCCUCCCUCUCUGGUCUCAGAAUCAUCUGCUACACUGUCAGCAAUGUCUCAGGCUGUGCAGACAAAUGGAACUCAACCAUUAAGCAAAACAUGGGAACUCAGUUUAUAUGAAUUACAACGAACACCUCAGGAGGCAAUAACAGAUGGCCUGGAGAUUGUGGUUUCACCUAGAAGUCUACACAGUGAAUUAAUGUGCCCAAUUUGUUUGGAUAUGUUGAAGAACACCAUGACUACAAAGGAGUGUUUGCAUCGUUUUUGUGCAGAUUGUAUUAUCACAGCCCUUAGAAGUGGCAACAAAGAAUGUCCUACUUGUCGGAAAAAGCUAGUUUCCAAAAGAUCACUCAGGCCAGAUCCAAACUUUGAUGCACUCAUCAGCAAAAUUUAUCCAAGUCGUGAUGAGUAUGAAGCUCAUCAAGAGAGAGUAUUAGCCAGGAUCAACAAGCACAAUAAUCAACAGGCACUCAGUCAUAGCAUUGAGGAAGGACUGAAGAUACAGGCCAUGAACAGAUUACAGCGAGGCAAGAAACAGCAGAUUGAAAAUGGCAGUGGAGCAGAAGAUAAUGGUGACAGUUCACAUUGUAGUAAUGCAUCCACACAUAGCAAUCAGGAAGCAGGCCCUAGUAACAAACGGACCAAAACAUCUGAUGAUUCUGGGCUUGAACUUGAUAAUAACAAUGCAACAGUGGCAAUUGAUCCAGUAAUGGAUGGUGCUAGUGAAAUUGAAUUAGUAUUCAGGCCUCAUCCCACACUUAUGGAAAAAGAUGACAGUGCACAGACAAGAUAUAUAAAGACUUCAGGUAAUGCCACUGUUGAUCACUUAUCCAAGUAUCUGGCUGUGAGAUUAGCUUUAGAAGAACUUCGAAGCAAGGGAGAAUCAAACCAGAUGAACCUUGACACAGCCAGUGAGAAGCAGUAUACCAUUUAUAUAGCAACAGCAAGUGGCCAGUUCACUGUAUUAAAUGGCUCUUUUUCUUUGGAAUUGGUCAGUGAGAAGUACUGGAAAGUGAAUAAACCCAUGGAACUUUAUUACGCACCCACCAAGGAGCACAAAUGAGCUUUUAAAAACCAAUUCUGAGACUGAACUUUUUUAUAGCCUGUUUCUUUAAUAUUAAAGAUGUACCAUCAUUACUUUUAUGGACAGAUCUUGGAUAUGUUGUUCAAUUUUUCUUUCUGAGCCAGACUCGUUUACACUUUUAGAAUCAUUUCCCCUUAAUUUAAGAUUUACUUUUUGGAAGGGACUAUAGUUAUUCAGUACUUUUGCUUUCCUUUGAAGAAUAUAUCUAAGUUGUGUGCUUUCACAAAGUAUGGUUCCAUUGGGAGCACCUUUGACCUGGGAAUUUUUCAUAGUUCUGUAUUCUUAAGUGAAGAUUCAGUUGGCCGUCCCUUUCCGUCUCCCCUCAAAAGUUUUUUAGGCCUACAGAUUGUUAAUAUGUAUUCUGACUUUUUUUCCUUGUGUAUAUUUAUAGUUUUCUAUAUAAACUGUAGUAUCUUCAUGAAGACUGAGGCUCAAACUUACUGUGCUUAAAAACAAUUCUCAUAGGAUUAUUAUUUUCAUGGUAUUUUCUUCCAUAAUAUCUCGUUUUUAAAAGAGGUUCUUUAUGAACUUGGUGUCCAUUGUCAUGCAAUGUUAUUUUUUUUUUUUUUCCUUUUUUCCUCCCUAUAAGUUUAGAUGUUCUUGUCUUGGGGAAGAGAAUCAAAACCUUAAGUUCUAUGAGCACAUGGGUCAUUGACAUAUUUCACUGAAGAAAGAAAAAUUAAAUUGAUAGUAAUACGUAGUCCUCAAUUGUUUAUUUAAGCUUUUUGUAUUAGUUCCUACUGUCACUUUAGUUCCUUUAUUAUGUGUUUGAUGUUUUUUUACCCUAUUAAAAUAUCAGAAAUAUGGAGAUAUUUUGCACUUUAGCCUUGAUGAAAAGUACAAGAUAUGUUCAAAGCUUCCCUAAUUCUUUUCUUAUUGGUAGCCACAUAAGUUUUGAGAACAAUGUGGUACAUGGAAAAAAUAGGUUUGCUUCUGUUUGAAAAGUGUGCUUAGCAUUUUAAGUUGCUAUACCAGUGUAUAAAUUUGGUGCUCUGCUAAUUAUACUCUGUAGAAGCAGAUUAAUGGAGCUUAAGCCCUGCUUUGAUAAAUAGUGAAAGGUAAUUCUGUAGAAGAAUGUCAGCCACUACAACAGGGUGAAGUUAUUCUACUCUUACUAGUUUUAUAUUACGGGACAGUGUUGACUAGGAGCCAGAAGGCUUUGUGCUAACAGGUCAGAAAAAAUAUUGACUUAUAUGUUAUUUUCAUUCCUGUCCUGAUUGUAGGUAUGUUUUAAAUUUUAUAUUAUCCACAGUAUUUACAAAGACAUGUUUUUCAUUGAGAAAUUAACCCCAAAGGGUUUUGAGAGGAGGGAGUAGACCUCCAAUACCGAUGUAACUAAAGUCUGUCUAGUCAUUGUAAAUAUUUAUCUGUCAAUUUUGACAGAUUGGGGCCAGCUUGAUGUUUUAAAUCUUGAGUAUAAAAAUUUAAAGGCUUAUUCAAUUUUUUACCAUUUUAUUGAAUAUAUUUGAAAUCUGUUUUUACAGUUUUUUUGGUAAUUGUACCAUGAAAUUUGAAAACCACCAAAAAUUAAGAGAACUUUUAUAAAUUCCUUUUCUGGUGUAAUGUUAAGUUGUAUAGAUUAUUAAUGCAUGUCCAGUGAAUAUAACCCUGGUUUUGUGAUAAAUCUGCUUAGAUUUUAUUGGUGACAUGUUAGAUUAGUGGUUGCAUUAAAUAACUAAAUUCCCA